AUGGAAGUAGACCCAUCUUGUAAAGUCUGUGGAGAACUAGAAACCAUUGAUCAUGUUCUCCUACAUUGCUCCUUUGCCCAAAGAACUAGGGAACUGGCCCCAACUCAACUCGUAUCAGGUCACGCGCUACCUACAAAAUCGCUCAAACAGCUGCUCUCUCUUGUACCGAAAGUUCUCAAUCUUCCCCCUUCGGGUUUAACCUGUUCUCCGCUGUCCCCCUGGAUCUUUUGGAACCUUUGGACAGCAAGGAACAAAAGGAUUUUUGAGAACAAAAUCUACUCGGUUGAAGAGACUCUUUCUAAAGCUAUUAGAGAUGCUAAAGAGUGGGAAGGGGCAAAGAAGAAUCCUGCUGUGAUAGAAAAGCCUAGGCAGAACCCUAUGAACCAAUUUGACUCUAUGAUCCCAACUUGUUGUGUUGAUGGUGCAUGGAAGGCGGAUUUUAAAUGUGCUGGUUUUGGUUGGUUUAUACAGGAUAAGCAAACUAAGUUGGAGAUUAAAGGUGCGGCAUCACGCUGUCAUGUGGCAUCUGCGCUAACAGCUGAAGCUCUUGCUCUCCGGGAAGCACUCCAGGUGGCCUCUAAUGCGGGGCUAACACGCCUCAAGAUGAUGUCGGACUCAAGUGUCCUCCUCUCUGCCCUGCGAUCAGGGACGGUUUUGAAGGAGAUAGCGGGACUUCUCCAUGAAAUUAGUCACCUCAUUUCUCUCUUCUCAACCUUAUCUUUUGUUGUAAUCUCUCGUUCAGUAAACGCUAUAGCCGAUGGGCUUGCGAAAGCUGCUCUUGCAGCUCUUUGUCUUCAAAACAUUGUAUGA